UUCAGCUUUGUGGAAAUUGUGGCUCCUGUUUUCUCGCGGGAUGCUUGGCGAUGUGUUUGGCAUAUGAUUCAGAAUGAUUUGGUGCAUGGUUGGGGAUUGGAUUUUGCGCUAAGGAGAUGUGUGGAGCCUGCACAUGAGAAAAUUGAUGUGGUUGACUCUCAGUGGAUAGUUCAUCAAGUUAUUCCUUCUCUGGGAAGUCAGGGUCAAUCUGAAAAUGGAAAAGCUCCUUGGCAAGGGGUAAGAGAGAGGUGCAGAAGUGAGUGGGUGCAGUUUCAAGAUCGCCUAGCCAAUGCAGAUAAGAAAUAUAUUGAACAGUUUGGGAGAACGAGGUAUUUGAACAACAGAAAGUUUUGUAUCCUUUUAAGUUUUCUUGCAUUUGGCUCUGAUUGGAAAAGAAAUAUAGAGACAUUGGAGAAAAAUAGUGUAACCAGUCUGAGGACAUUGAUCAAUCUUGGUUCUGAAGUGUACAUGCAAGCUGAUGUAAUGCUGAACUGACUGCUCAUGUGGCUAAGCAGUAAAGAGGAAGGAAUCUGCUGUCCUAUGUUAGGCAUUGUCGUUUGAUUAUGAGUGCAGUUUCAUUGGAUGUUUUUUAGUUAAUGUGUAUUAUGUAGUUAUAGUUGUUAGAGGACUCAAGCACAGAAAUUCUGUAAUAGCUAGGUUGUUGCCAUUUCAGUUUGUUGCCAUUCUGUAAUAGCUAGGUAUGUAUUGAUCAUAUAAUUUCUGAAGCAUUCUUGAUGGGAGAAAAAGACUUUGGGGUAAAGAAUCAAGAAAUCAUAUAGAGAACAAAGUUGAAAUUAAUGUAAGACGAGACCAUACAGCUUUCCUAA